AUGGCCAAGUUCUUCAUGGGCCGACAUCACGCGCCCACGCCCAACUUUAAGCUGAGCUUCAUAGACCGGUGGUCGAUGAAUACCGGUCUGGUGGCUGCCUUCAAGCAGCUAAUUGAAGCUGAAAUUGGCAAGUUUCCCCACGACCGCCAGAGCGAUGUGCUGCUCCUCUUCACUGCGCACUCCAUUCCGCUGCGGUCGGUGAACGCUGGCGACACUUACCCGAUGGAGGUCAGUGCCACGGUGAUGCAAGUGAUGCAGGCGCUCUCAUUCCGCUACCCGUACCGCCUGGUGUGGCAGUCCAAGGUGGGCCCGAUGCCCUGGCAGGGGCCGAAAACCGACCAAGUUAUUAAAGGUUUUGCCACCAAGGGCUUCAAGAAUAUGCUCCUCAUUCCCAUCUCCUUUGUGAACGAGCACAUUGAGACGCUUCACGAGCUGGACAUUGAGUACGCUGAGGAGCUCGCUGCCGAG